AUGGAACACUCGACAUUCACAUCCGGUCAAAUCGUUGAAUUAUCAACAUUUGGUAAAGAAACAAUUCAAGUCACCGAUGACGUCACGAUAGUGUACCAAGAAGCGUAUCAAGAAGCAUAUCAAGAACAACUUCCUCAAACACCAAUAACACCCUUAACACCUAACUCAACAUCGAUACUUUUAACGGUAGAUGACAG